AUGAUUUUCAGACGUUGUUUAGCCACGAUUAAACUAAUUCAUUUAAAUAGAUUGUACUGUUUCUGUUAUUAUUAUUCAACUGAACGUCCUGAAACAAUUUCAUCAGCAUUGAAACGUUUUUAUAUGAAAGUACAUCCAGAUCUAUUCAGUCAAUAUCCAACUGAAAAGGAUGUAAAUGAAAAAUCAUUACAAAUUGUUAGCGCUUAUUUAUCUUCAUUACAACGUAAAGAGUAUGUGACACCAGUGACAGUCACAUUUUAUGUUAAAUCCGGUGCAGUACCCAACACUUUAGUAAAUCUUUUACCAUAUCGUGUCACGUUGAAAUCAAAGGAUCUAAUUACAUGUGUCAAUUCUAUAUUAUAUACGUUUAAUUUACAAACAGUUGACGUACCAAAAGAGACGAAAGAAGAACGGCGUUUUAAUAUUAUCGAAAUCGAAAAACAGUAUGAUUUUUCAAAAAUUCCGAAAAUAUCCAUCAAAACAUGGCUCAUAACCAAUGUUGCUGCUGCACGUGAAAUAGCAAAACGCAAUAAAGAAUUAUUAGAUAGUAUUAAAGUUAGUGUGAAUUAUAUAAAGCAACGUUUCAAAUUAAAAGCUUUGGAUUAUAAUGAUGAAUGGAGUCUGUCACAUUUUAACACUUGUUUGAGAACUUUAUCGCUAUAUACAGAAAAAUGGAAUGAAACAUUACGCAUGUUAGAAGGUAAACGCCUUAUCUUUGGAACAAAAACAGCUUUAUUAAAAGAUGGUUCCGUAGAAUUAUGCGGUGCCGAUCCACCAGUUUACUGGGAUACGAUUAUUGGUUCCGUUUUACCACAUAGAGAUUCUUAUCUUGAACAAAUCAAAAUUCAUGAAAAUAGUAUAUGUAAAUAUUUUACAAAUAUAGAAAUACAGCAUGAUCCUGGUUCAGAUUUUUACGAUCGCGCGACGACAUAUGUUGGUCAUUUGCAGGCAAUAAAUCGAAGUUUAAAUAUGAAUUUGAAUCAUGUGGCUCACACAAAGUAUAAUUGGAAAAAUUAUUAUUUAUUCAUUAAUCCAUAUAGUUCUGAGCCAUCUGUGACUGAAAGUGGUCUAUUUCAAAUUAACGCCUAUGAUGAUAUUAAUGAUUCGUUAGAUUUUAUGGUUCAACAUCGUUCCGAUGCUAACAAUGCCAUGACAAAAUAUUUAGAUUAUGUAGAAAGUGAAAAACAAUUAUUAAAUAAAGUUAUGAACGAAUAUCAAUUAGAUGUAAUUAGAACGAAUAAACGAAUGAAAAAAGAGUACAUUAUUGAAUGUUGUCAACGUUUGUUAAAUGAACGAAAUUAUUUGGGAGUACUAUUAUCACACUGUCGAUUAAAAAUAGACACAAAUUAUAACAUACAACAAGACGGUACAAUAUGUAUCCCAUGGAAUUGGGAAACGCAACACGAUUAA